UUGGAUGAGGAAGAUCUUGACCUGAAUGCGUUGCCAACCCUACAACCCCGGUCAAACGACGAAAGAACCCAACACACACGUCCCUGAAGACAAUCUAAGCUCGGCGAGAUGACAACGGCUGAUGGGGAUCUUAUCGUAGUUCCAGACGAUGAUGUUCAAUCCCCUCUAACAACAACACUACAUGAAAAUGAUCUAGCUAAUCUUGCGUCUAGAUUGCUGACGAUGGGGACUCCGCACUUGGGGAUUGCGUCGUCAACCGCAAGCAUGAGAAGCUCUAUUAUCGACUACCGACACGAAAACGGGAGGAGAUAUCAUCGAUACAAGGAUGGAAAAUACAACUUUCCCAACGACGAUCAAGAGAACGAGAGGCUAGAGCACCACUUAUGCCUCUUAACUCUCGGCAACAAACUUGGCCUUUCGCCCCCAAACCUCCCUGAUUCCAAGGUCAAACGGGUUCUCGACUUGGGCACUGGCACAGGCAUUUGGGCAAUUGACUUUGGAGAUGAGCACCCCGAGGCUGAGAUUAUCGGUAUAGAUCUAUCUCCCAUUCAGCCGAGCUUGUAAACAUGGUGUGCGAUUGUGGUCGUCACGUUAACUAACAGCUAUCCAGUGUUCCCCCAAAUGUCCGAUUCCUCAUUGACGACAUAGAUGAGGACUGGGGUUAUUCCGAGCCGUUUGACUACAUUCACAGCAGAAUGAUGAACUUUAG